CUGAUUCCAUGGUGACUAAAGCAAACAACAGCGUGCUGUUUAAAUUGGUUUGGAUUUAUUUUUCCCCGAGCUGUUUCUGUCCUGAGGGGUAAAAAAUGUCCGUCCAGGCUGAUCCUCGGGAGCAGGAGGAGAUUGAUCAGCUCUUCAUCGUGUUUGAAGGCUCCUCUCCGGAGGAUGUGUCCCAUGCCAGGCAGCUGUGGAGCUCCCUGUCCCUGCUGCCGCCGCUAGAGUCCCGGCUGGUGUCGGCGGAUAUCCGCCAGAGGCUGCCGGUGUCCCGGCCGCAGCGCAACAACACCGCCGCCGCCGGUCCCGCUCCGGAGCUCAACAGCGCCCCCGAUCUCCGGCAGAGGCAGGAGGAGAGGCAGAGGUACGCGGCCAUGGGCGACCAGAGGAAGGAGAUCCUGGCUCUGCUGAGGAGGCAGAGGGAGCAGAGGAUCCAGAAGGAGCUACUCUCUGAGGCAUUUAAACCCAAAGGGAAAAAGAUGAGAGACAAAAUGCCGAAAGGAAAAGAAGACCCAGACCCGGACUCUGAGGCGGACAAAGAGCUGGUCAGAAAGCUUCAGUAGGAGCAAACUGGGAAUGCAGAGAGGAGCAGAGAGGUUUCUGACGGGGAUUACUUCAGUUUUAGUUCUGACAGCAGAAACUUCUUUGUCUCAAAUAAAUGAGCCCUGCGUACACUGAAGUUACACACAUCUUCAAUCUGUCAAUCAAUUUAUCCAUCUGUCUAUCACUGUUUUUAGUAUGAUGAUGAUGAAUUGUCUUAUUUGUACUUAUUAAUCUUUACCCCAUACUCAACACUCUAUUAAUGUACAAAGUUCACCUUCACCCUCACACCCCUGCGUAUGGACGCAACUCUGUUGGCAACUAAUUAUUAUUUUAAAUACUCAUAAAAAAAUCAUAAAAAAUGUCCAAAAUGCACAGAAGUGAAUAAAAACAUUGUUAUAUUAGUUGUUUUAGUAGAGACAAAAUUGAAAAUAGUUUCUGAUCCUUCCUUUUUCUAGUGAACUCAAUGCUGUAAAUAUAUAAUAUUAAAUAAUAUGAUAAUAUGUAAUGAAUGCUAAUUGAAUGGUUCAGGUCACACUACAGGUGUUACAGAGGGAUCCAUUAUGGACCUCUUUAAUUCAUUUUAUGCAUAAAGAAUAUUAUCUCUGCCAUCCAGGACUGCGAUGUAUGAUUCAACAAACUGAUAUCAUU